AUGGACACUUAUCUUGACCCAAUCAACCGCAAGUUUGCGGAUGCGGCUGCUGAAGGUCCACCACUGUACACUAAGACGUAUCAGGAAGCGCGCGACAUUCUGGAAGGCAUCCAGAGCUACAAGACCGCGUCGGACAUCAAGACUGAGGAGAUCAAAGUCCCAGUCAAUGGCGAAGAUGUCACCACCGUCAUUUUCCGACCUGCUAGCGCUCAGGGCACGCUGAACAUGAUCUUUUACACGCAUGGUGGCGGAUGGAUUCUCGGAAGCCCUACGGCGCAUGGUGCAUUGAUGGAAGACUUUGCACGCCAAACUGGUGCCGCUGUUGUCUUUCCCUACUACACUCCGGCUCCCGAAGCUCAGUAUCCAGUUCAGUUUAAGCAGGUCUACGGUGUGCUCGAUCAUUUCGUGAACAAUGGCGAUAAGUACAACCUCAAAGUUGACCGUUUCGGUCUUGCUGGUGACAGCGUAGGAGGACAUAUGGCCAUUGCAAUGACCCAGCUUGCCCAGAUCCGCCACCUCCCCUCCAAGAUUGGCCAGAUCGUAUUGCUAUACCCCGUGACAGACACUUACAGCAAGUCUGCAACUUACAAGACAUACAAAGACGGACCCUAUCUCUCCGAAAAGACUAUGGACUGGAUGAUCCCGGCCUUUCUCCCCAAUGAAGAAGACAGGAAGCUCCCAUUGACCUCACCCCUUCAGUACGCCCCAGAUGAGGUUCUCGCCAAGUUUCCGCCUACUACUGUCUUCCUGUCCGGCGCGGACCCGUUGAUUGGGGAAGGCGAAGCUUUUGGCCAUCGCUUGCAGCAGCUCGGGGUUGAUGCGGCAGUUAUCAAGGCGGAUGGACAGGUUCACGAUUUUGCGAUGUUGGCACCUAUUCGUGUCUCUCCCACUGCCCGAGCUGUGGUUGAGCUUGCGGCUUCAAAGUUGCUGAAAGCAUUCGCCGCAAACUGA